AUGGNCACCAUCGCCAUCGCCCCCCCCCCUCCCACCCCCACCUCCACCCCCAAUAUUACCAACCCCUCUUACGAACCCACCUCCGUCCUCGACCUCCGCCGCAGCCCCAGCCCUGUGGCGCCUGACCCACACACCCUCUCCUCCGCUCCACUCCUCCCCACUGACGAUCGUCCCAACAACAACAACAACAACAACAACCCUUCUCUGGACUGGGAUGAACAGACCCUCCACAACCUCGACUGGGACUCCAUCAUGGGAGAUUUGGGCUUACACGAUGACUCCAACUCUGCUCCCAAAAACCCAAACCCAAACCCCAAUCCCAAUCCCAAUCCCAAUCCCAACAACAAUAAUCAUGUUCCUCAAUUCCCUGAUUUCCUCCACUCCCACCCCUUCGAUCAUCAAACCCAUCUGGUUUCCCCUGAUUUCUUCCUCUCUGAACCCCCCUAUUCCAACCACACCCCCACCUUCAAUUCCUUCGAUUUGGCGGCUCCCAAUUCCAACAACUUCUCCUGCGAAUUCCUUGAAGACAUAGUCCGCACCGCUGAUUGUUUCGACUCCAAUGACUUCCAACUCGCCCACGUCAUAUUGGAGCGCCUCAAUCAACGCCUUCAAUCCUCCACCGGAAAGCCCCUUCAGCGGGCCGCCUUCUUCUUCAAAGAGGCUCUUCAAUCUCUCCUCUCCGCCUCCAACCGCCACAAUCGCCUCUCCUCCUGGCCCGAAAUUGUUCAUACAAUCAGGGCUUACAAGGUCUUCUCUGCAAUUUCUCCAAUUCCCAUGUUCUCCCACUUCACUACCAAUCAGGCGCUUCUUGAAGCUCUUAACGGCUCGUCUUUCAUUCAUAUUGUUGAUUUUGAUAUUGGGUUUGGAGGGCAGUACGCGUCUUUCAUGAAGGAGAUUGCAGAGAAGGCAGAGUCCAGGAAGAUGAUUCCACCGGUGCUUCGGAUAACGGCGGUGGUGCCGGAGGAAUUUGCGAUUGAGAGUAGGUUGAUUAGGGAGAAUCUGUGUCAGUUCGCUCAGGAUCUGAAGAUUCGGUUUCAUAUAGAUCUGGUGCCGCUUCGGACCUUCGAGACGUUGUCCUUCAAAUCGGUGAAGUUCAUGGAAGGGGAGAAGGCCGCGAUUUUAUUAACGCCCGCGAUCUUCCGCCGUCUUGGGAGUAUAAACAGUAUAGGGUCUUUUCUCUCCGACGUGCGACUGGUGUCGCCCUGCGUCGUCGUGUUCGUUGACGGUGAAGGGUGGUCGGACUCCGGCGCGGCGUCGUUCAAGAGGAAUUUGGUAGAUAGCCUGGAGUUCUACGCCAUGAUGCUAGAGUCGCUGGACGCAGCGGUGGCUGGCGGGGACUGGGUGCGGAGGAUAGAGACGUUUGUGUUCCGGCCGAAGAUAUUGGCUGCGGUGGAAGGAGCAGGGAGAAUGGCAGCGCCGCCGUGGAGGGAGGUAUUCCACGGCGCCGGGAUGAGGCCAGUGGCACUGAGCCAGUUUGCAGAUUUUCAGGCGGAGUGCUUACUUGGAAAAGUACAGGUUCAAGGGUUCCAAGUAGGAAAACGGCAUGCUGAGCUGGUGCUGUGCUGGCACGAGAGGCCUCUGGUUGCCACGUCGGCGUGGAGGUGUUAAGAGCUUAAUUACCCGAGAUAUUGAGGGUAUCAUAAUUGAUUAAAAAUUAUAAUUUACGAUAAUUGGGAUUAGGGGUUUGGGUUUAACUAUAGGGACGUACAUAAAAUGGUAUGUAUCCCGCCCUUCUCCAAUUAAUAUUAAUAUUAAUAUAUAUUCGGUUUUCUUUCUGGAUA